AAAAGCCAAACGAAUUGUACGGGUCAUUUUCAACGAUUUUAGUGAGCCGUAAGAACGUGACAGCUCGGAAAUGAAGCUAUUCUGCGUUGUUUUGGUUAUUUACGUUGUGGCUCUGACCCUCCUCGGUGUCGAUGGACGUGGUGGGGGCACCACAAGCGGAGCAGAGGCACCAAAGUUCGACGGCUUGUUCAGGCGGGCUCGGCGCCAUGUCCCCGAAAUGGAAUCCGGGCUUCUUCAAGGCAACGAACCGCCUCCACCACCGAAAUUCCGAGCACGGCGUCAUGUCCGCGAAAUGAAAUCCGCCCUUCUUCAUGGCAACGAACCGCCUCCACCUCCAACAUUCCGUUCCCGUCGUGAUACAUUGGAGGGCAACCUUGUGGCCAAUGAACACAGUCCACCACCUCAGCAGUUCAGGCAACGUCGUCAGGCUCCACCCGGAAUACCACCCCCACCGGACGGUCUUCCACCACCACCGCAGUUCCUCCUCUAGAGUAACUUGAAUGUAGAGCAUAAAGUUGGGCGUUUGUGCAUGUAUUUGGGAACCACAUCGAAGCUAAUAAAAGUAGUUUGAAGCAUUCCAAAAAGUA